CAGCUCUAAAAGCACUUGUCUUUGUCCGCCUACGCUGUGUUACCAGGCAAACGUCAGCUUGAAGGCUUCGAGGAGAGCGAGCUAGCAGGCUAACCACCAGUUAGCCGUAGCAUUUUGGGUGGCGGUGGGUGCCAUAGCAACCGUUUGCAACCGAAACAUUGGCUGUGGGGGCUUGCUAGCGAAGACACUUCAGGCUAAUGUUGGUUUGUUAUGCUAGCCUUAGACGCGACGCCGAGGAGUCUUGAAUGUCCAAUUUAGAGAUAGUCAAUCAAUUAAUGUCACAAUUCAUCGUUGUUUACUUUCGUCGCUGCACAUACUACUUAGUUGUAGCGUUGUUCAUUCUUUUUAGCGAGCUGUCGAUGAUGAUCGGCUGGUAAUAGUGUUGAGUUUAGCUAACUUGAGCAGUGGUAAUUUCUAUCACAUGCAGCAAGCUAACGUUAGCCAGUAAGGCCGUAAACUUCGAUUACCUCAGCGCCACCGUUAUGUAAACGGGGGUAGCGCUAUCUCUUUCUAUUACGAUCUGGAUUUCACAAUAAUUUGCCUCAAGUGAGCCUGACGAGAUAUUAGCUUCACUUUAACUUACUUUAGUAGUGUUGUUGUGGGUCACCCCAAUUGUUACUAAGUCUGGUCUGUGGCUGGUAAGAUUAGAGUCAGUGCUAACUUAGCUGCUAGUUAAUCAUUUUCUAUUACGAUUAAUUAAUCCACAUCACCUGAUCUUUUGCACAGUAUUGUUAGCACUGGAAGCUAAUGUUAUAGUAAUAUGUUGAAGCAAUCCUAAAUGUACGGCAUUCCUUGCUUGCACCGCACCAACAAGUUAGCAGUAGUAAGUUGCAGUUAGCAAAUAGUCAUUCUAGUGUUUACUCGUAGUUGUAAUUAAAUGCGUCUCCUGUAGGCUGAUUUGCAAGUUACUUACUAAGCCAUACCAGUUUAACUUGAACCACGUCCUGGAUUUUAUAAAGUGAUGUGAAAUUAGACUUGUACCUGCGCUACUGUAUGUCUUCCUGUUACAGCAAUAGUGGUUGUAAACGUGAUUAUGUUCUAGUUAGGAGUAAAUCAGUGAGUUAUUGUGUGUGACAGGGGAUUCUCUUGUGACAUGAAUGUCAUUUCAGUUUUCAGCUAGAACUAGUAUGGAUGUUGAUGACUGCAAUGGCCGGUCUUGCAUAUCAGCUAGCGGAGACUCUUCAAUGGAAAGAGAGUUUUCUGGGGCCCUUGGUGGUCCAACAGUGAGCACCCCAAAUAGCAAAGAGAACUCUCCUAGUCGCUCCCUCAGUGCCAACUCCAUUAAAGUGGAGCUGUACAGUGAUGAAGACCCAGGUCGUAGCACUGAGGAUGAAAGAGGGGAGCGGGUAGAAGAGGGAGGUCAGGAACAGGGAUCUGAGGCUGUUGGAGGCUACAGGGAGCUCACCAAUCCUGAAACCAUGCCUGCUGGAGCCACGAGACUGCCGAAUGGAAAGCUCCAGUGUGAUAUCUGUGGGAUGAUCUGCAUCGGGCCUAAUGUUCUAAUGGUGCACAAACGCAGCCACACAGGUGAGAGACCGUUUCAGUGUAAUCAGUGUGGUGCCUCCUUCACACAAAAGGGUAACUUGCUCCGUCACAUCAAGCUGCACUCGGGGGAGAAGCCCUUUAAAUGUCCCUUCUGCAACUAUGCCUGCAGAAGACGAGAUGCACUUACCGGGCACCUUCGCACUCAUGCAGUGUCUUCUCCAACUGUAGGGAAGCCAUAUAAGUGCAGUUAUUGUGGUCGUAGCUACAAGCAGCAGAGCACCCUCGAGGAGCACCGUGACCGUUGCCACAGUUACUUACAGAGCCUGGAGGCACAGCAGCCAACCAGUGCACGGAAUUCAGGAGAGGAGGUGAGAGAGUUAGAGUAUAUACCCGACUCUCUACAGCAGCCCUCCUCAGACAAGAUGACAUUUAUCGAUCGGCUCGCCAACAGCAUCACCAAACGCAAGAGAUCCACACCACAAAAAUUUGUAGGACAGAAGCACAUACGUCUCAACCUUGCAGAUGCACCUUAUGAGCUCACUGCUGGUUUGGAUAAAGAUGGAGACAUGCACGCAGGUGACCUUGAAGCCCCGCACUUUACUGGUCUGGGAGGAGAAUACGCAGGUGUAGCAGGUAACGGAGGAGGGGCAUCAGACACUCUGAGACCCCUACACCACCCCACCACGCACAGUUCAUGUUUGUCAGAACUCCGGGCAAUCCACAGCUCCUCUCACGCUUCCGUUGGUCUAGGCCCCAGAUUGGAUUGCACAGGGACAGGAGCUGGGCUGGGAGCUGUGGGUGUGGGGGGAAGGGAGGCAGCAGAGGGUCACGAAGACCUGCCUGCCGGUCGAAGUCACGCACCCUCUCCCACCAAUGGUUGCCAGGACUCUACGGACACCGAAAGCAUGCCAGAUGAGCCAUGCAACAGCACUGCUCCGACUCCGACCUUGCACAGUAACAACGGCCAUCAUCUCCUCCACUCCAACAACCAUCAUGCAGCACAUCGUCCCAUUGCACGCCACAGGAGUCGGGACAGACACAGCCCCAGCCACGCCAAAGACCGGGAGGUGGAGAGGGAGGAUGGAGGCCACUUAGCCCACCCAGCUCCUGCACUUGCUCCAACCCCCAGCUCACCUACAGCGCCUUCCUCCACGUCCAGGGAGGCUUUUCGGGUUGUAGACGGGGAGGGGCGAGCUGUGCGUUCUUUCCGUUGUGAGCACUGCCGUGUGCUUUUCUUAGACCAUGUCAUGUUUACCAUCCACAUGGGCUGCCAUGGUUUUCGCCAGCCGUUUGAGUGCAACAUCUGUGGCUAUCGCAGCCAGGACCGCUAUGAGUUUUCUUCGCACAUAGUCCGUGGAGAGCAUGUCCUUGACUGAGGAUAUAAGAUGGACAACCUGCUUCCCCUAGAGCUUUUCGUUCUCUAAGACAAGGACCUGUGCUGAGUUUGGUCUGCACAUGUGCUGCUGAAGAGGUCACUGAAGGAGUGAAACUAAAUAUAGUAUAAUAGUGGUUCUUGUUACUUUCAAUGCACUUUGAACAACAAAUCUAUUUAAAUGCAUUUUUGAUUUAAUGUGUUCUAAAGUAGAUGAAGAGCUAAUGCACUUUUUCAUUCGCAGACUUGCCUUGCUCCAAAGUUCAGGAUUCAGACCUGAUGCACAAAUUGUAGAAAUCUAAUCUGACUAUUGUCCAUAACCUGAAAACCUCCCUGUCUUCAACACUUUAAUGGAAUAAUAUCAAAAUGCCACGUAUGAAGUUUAUAGGCUUGUCUACAGUGAAAUCUGUACAGAUUUUUAUGCGUUGGUCGAAAAGCACCUUUUACAAUGAAACGAUUUGCUGACAAACCGUACUUUUGUUUUGUUGGGGGGUGGAUUCUGUACAAUAGAUUGCUGUUUUCAUAAUGCGAAGUAAAGUGCAGACCAAACUCAAAAACCAGGUACACGUCAAUUAGAUAUUGUUGUUUCAGGGGCUGUCUGUGAAUUAGAAAUGCACUUUGGUUUCUUAACAGGGGAGGAAUUAACAGAUUUUUGUGCGUGUUUGUUAGUGUGUGUGAGAGAGAGCCUGAGAGACCCUGUGUUUUUUGAAAGUAACUCGAAAAAGUAAAGAGGAAAUUGAAGGCCUUUAUUUGUGUGAAUGCCGUGUAGGGCGGUAUAUUAAUUUUUGUUUUUCUUUUCUAUGACUGCUUUUGUUGCACUGAUAACUGCCAGAAUACUAUGAUUAUAUUAAACUAUUUUAUAGGAUUCAUUAAUGACCUGCACAUUUCUCUCAAAAUGUUACAACUGGUGUUAUGUUCUUCUCACUAGGAAAGAGGUUCAAGUAUCACUGCCACAAUUUUAGAGAUUACUGAAGAGGUUAUGCCGUUAAUAUUUUCCCUUUUUAUUACAUUUUAAUUACAUCAAACAGCAAACCAACUCUAUUAAGUAACUAAUCUAUUUAUGCUAUAUUUAAACAUAAUUUUGUUGUUUUGUAAUUGUAUUGUGCCUUUCUUCACCUUGUUGACCCGAGUGAAAGACACGAGCUAACAGCAGUCGUGUCUUACAAACAGAUCUUUGCGUGUGAUGCUCAAGAUCAUGAGUUACAAAAUAAUUUGAGUAAUCAAGUUGUUUUCCAGACACUGUAAUGUCUCUGCCCUGUAGUUUUACAGUAGCUGUUUAUUAUACUUAACAAGAGUGGGGCUGAUUUGCAUUCAUUUUGUUGACAAAAUCCAGUGCUUUGCUAAGUCAAAGACUUUAAUGUACUUGGCAUUUGAUACAUGCUGCUAUGACCGGAGCGCAGUGUGGAGUGGCAGUCCAAUACUGUUCUCGCAGUGUAAAUCCAAAAUUUUGAUUAGAAUUUUGUUCAGCUAAGACAUUUCAGUACCUCGCAGAAUGACAAGGAAGUUUUUCAUACCUGUUUAGUUGGUUGUGAUCUAUAUUUAAUGAUGAUAUAGUCGUGGAGAUUUGUGCAGAAAUUAAAUGUGCAGAGAAAUGUGUCAGUUCAAACCACACUGUCAGCUCUUGAUUUUGUCUGUAAGUUAACAACAAGAGAGACAGCUGUUGUAGUCACUUCUUAUUAGAUUUUACACAGUUUAAGCACAAAGAAUUUAAUGUCCAGAAGGCUGUUAUGAAAAUAGACAUGGGCACAGAAAUGAUACUCAGUUUAGGUUGAUGAACAGGACAUUUGUGGAUUACAAUUCUAAUAUUAGAUUAAUAGCAACAAGGAUAAGUUUGGAACAAACUUAUCAAAAAUGUUCUGAAAAUCAAAAAGGCUGGAAAAAUAGUCAAAAUCAUCAGCUGACUUGAGCCCAUUAUUUUUGUGUAGUGCAAAGGCUUAUUAACUACUAUUCCCCGUAUUUACCAUAACUGGUAUUUUGACCAUAUUAGGUGAGUUUUUUCAGCUCUACGAAGCAUUUAUUUUCACAAGACUAAUUUGAAAUCACUUAACUAUUCAGGGCUCGAAAUGAGUAUUUAUGGUCAAAGUUGUGCUGGUGAAUGGUUCCUUGGUUUUGUCAUAUACUGAACUCAGUCUUGUAUAGAUUCUCAGAUUUUAAAUAGUUGUUUUAGAUGUGCAGAGGCGUGAAAAUAAUGUUUCCAUGAAGAGGAAUUUAAGAAAAAGUAGUACUUGGUUUGCAUUCUAUUUUUAGAUCCGCAUGAGCGUGGUUCUGUAUAGCACCAAAAAAUUCUCCCAUGGCUGAGCCAAAGAACCACUAUUUCUUACUCUUGAGCACUUUUCCCCAUUGUAGUGGCAAAAUGAAAAAUUAGUUAAAGGAAAUUAAUAUAUUUGUAUAUACAGUAUAAAUUAGGAAGAAGCUGCAAGGUAAGAAUUUGUUUCUCUUCAUUGCUGUCAUUAAGGCCUUGUAGAUGUUAAAAUGUUCUUAUCUACAUUUUGUUUUGCAGAAAACCUUUCAAAAUAGAUAAUGUACAUGUUUACCUUGCUUCAGUUGAGAAAGGAAGAAUUAUCAAGUUCCUAAGUGAAGUCCGCAUUUGUUUAUCACAUGGCAGAGAUUCAAGAAGGAAGGAAUCACUUGUAGCCACAAUGCACUAUGGUGAUCUUGUCACUACUGUGGUAACACAAAUUGAAAUAUGUGAUUAACUUCUUAAUUUAUUCUAAAGUUACUUUAAUAAUGAAAUGAUAUUGCCUUAAUAUGAAAAUAGACUGUUGGAUCCCUUUGUGACAGAGAUUGGUUUGUAAAUUCUCACAAAAUCCUAAAAUGUAGUUUCAUGCAGUCUAAUUUAAAAACAUAACACCAAAGUAGUCAUCGCAAAUCAGUGAAAUUGUCAGAUUGCAUGGGGGGAAAAAUGCUUUGACCAAUGAAUUACAUCUUAAACCUUUUUUCCCUGUGUAUAUUCUGAUUUAGGCCCAGAUGUGACUCUUCCCCAGUUGGUGUGAUUUGUGUGCAGUAGAUUUUGCUGUUGUGCCUUUGGCUGCAGGUCUUUUAUACAUUUUCUCUCUCGACUCCCCCCUCAAAAAAAAAGCAGUGGUGGUGCACAUUACAACGGUUCAUCAGUUUUGUUUUGUUUUUUUUUUAAAUUGAGUGUACCCCAACACCACCAUUAUUCAGUAUCCCUGACCAGAAACAGCUUAUUUUUCCAAUCUGUGGACAGAGACCCAUUAACAGAACAGAUUUUGGUAAUGCUACUGGGAGCCAAAGAAAACACCAGAGACAAAAUGUGUAAAACUUGAUGUAACCCUCAGCCGUUUUGUUGAUCUCGCUUGAAAUAUUGUACAAAAGCAGUUAAAGAAAAAAUAAGGUUUGGUUCUCCAGUCCAAUGAAUUGGCUCUUUUGCAGGAUCUCUCAUUAUGUUCUGCAUUAUAGAUGGAACAAAUCUGCCAUCUCUAUUUGUGUGUGCUACACUGGAUAGUAACGUGCUUCUACAUCUGAUGCAUGUGGUCCCAAUGCUGUUCGCUCCUCAACCAACACCUUUCUGUUCUAGUCUUAAGGACAACCAAAUAAAACGGUCUCCAAUUCAAGACUAUACUUCAGAAAAUAAACUAACUCUAGCUUUGUGGUAUCUUGUGUUUAAAAGGUUUCCUUGUUGCACUAUUUGUUCCCUUCAGUUUCUCUCUUUAGUUUUCCCCACUCUCUAAAUGGUCUGAUAUCGCUUUAAAUAACUGCAGAGCCUUUUUAAAUGUAUGUAAUUAUGCAUUUGCGUAAUUCGAUCUUAAACUACUGUAAGUUUUGUACUGUAAGAAAGUCUAUUCCAAAUAAAAUACUUGACCUGCU